GGCGUGAUUCAUCAGUGGCCGCGGAGCGCGAUGGGGACGAGCUCAGCAGCCGCCUAGGCGCUCCUCCGCGCACUCUCCUGGUCGGUGGCCCGGUUCUUGGAAGGCCAAGAUGGAAGAGAUCCUGAGGAAGCUGCAGAGGGACGCAUCCGGGAGCAAAUACAAAGCCAUCAAGGAGAGCUGCACCUGGGCCUUGGAAACUCUAGGUGGCCUGGACACCAUUGUGAAGAUCCCUCCCCACUUGCUGAGGGAGAAAUGCUUGCUGCCUCUCCAGUUGGCUUUGGAAUCGAAGAAUGUGAAGCUGGCCCAACAUGCUUUGGCUGGGAUGCAGAAGCUCCUGUCAGAAGAGAGGUUUGUAUCCAGGGAGACAGACUCUGAUGAGAAGCAACUGCUCAAUCAGAUCCUGAACGCCGUGAAAGUGACACCUUUGCUCAAUGAGGACCUACAGGUGGAAGUGAUGAAGGUUUUGCUGUGCAUCACCUACACAUCAACAUUUGACAUGAAUGGGAGUGCUGUGCUGAAGAUUGCAGAGGUGUGCAUCCAGACCUACACAUGCAGCUGCCACCAGCGCAGUAUCAACACUGCCGUGCGCGCGACUCUCAGCCAGAUGUUGGGUGACCUGACUUUGCAGUUACGACAGAGGCAGGAGAACACGAUAAUUGAAAACCCAGAUGCUCCACAGGAAUUCGGGAGUCAAGGCUCAACAGUAGAGGCCCUUUGUGAUGACGUUGUCUCUGUCCUUGCUGUCCUGUGUGAGAAGCUCCAAGCCUCCAUAAACGACAGCCAGCAGCUGCAGCUUCUGUACCUGGAAUGCAUUCUCUCCAUGCUCAGCAGCUCCUCCUCCUGCAUGUACCUGCACAGGGGCUUCACUGACCUCAUCUGGAAAAGUCUCUGCCCUGCUCUCAUUGUGAUCCUGGGGAACCCCAUUCACGACAAAACCAUCACCUCUGCUCACAGCAGCAGCAGCAGCAGCAGCACCAACGUGGAGUCGGACUCUGCCUCUCCUGGUGUGUCUGACCAUGGCCGAGGCUCAGGUUGCUCCUGCACUGCACCCACCCUCAGUGGACCUGUGGCCCGCACCAUCUAUUACCUUGCAGCUGAGCUCGUCCGCUUAGUGGGGUCAGUGGAUUCCAUGAAGCCGGUGCUCCAGUCCCUCUAUCACCGUGUGCUCCUGUAUCCCCCGCCCCAGCACCGCGUGGAAGCCAUCAAAAUCAUGAAAGAGAUACUCGGGAGCCCCCAGCGGCUCUAUGACUUGGCUGGACCCAGCUCUACUGAGUUGGAACCGAGGAAAAGAUCUAUUUCCAAAAGAAAGUCUCACUUGGAUCUUCUCAAACUCAUCAUGGAUGGCAUGACAGAAGCAUGCAUCAAAGGUGGCAUCGAAGCCUGUUACGCUGCCGUGUCUUGUGUCUGCACCUUGCUUGGGGCCCUGGAUGAACUCAGCCAGGGGAAGGGCUUGAAUGAGAGUCAAGUCCAACUGCUGCUUCUGCGCCUUGAAGAGCUGAGGGAUGGGGCCGAGUCAAGCCGGGAUUCCAUGGAGAUUAAUGAGGCUGACUUCCGCUGGCAGCGGCGAGUGCUGUCUUCAGAGCACACGCCAUGGGAGUCAGGUAACGAGAGAAGCCCAGACAUCAGCAUCAGUGUCACCACAGACACAGGCCAGACUACCUUGGAGGGAGAAUUGGGUCAGACAACACCAGAGGACCACAGGAAUGGGUUCAAGUCACCAGCUAUUCAGGAAGGCAAGGAGACCAUGUGCAAAGUGUCAGAACAAGAGGCCAUAGACCAGCCCGAUGUAGUUCAGAGAAGCCACACAGUCCCUUACCCUGACAUCACUAACUUCCUGUCAGUAGACUGCAGGACAAGGUCCUACGGAUCCAGGUACAGUGAGAGCAACUUCAGCGUAGAUGACCAAGACCUGUCGAGGACAGAAUUUGAUUCGUGUGAUCAGUACUCCAUGGCAGCAGAAAAAGACUCGGGUAGGUCUGAUGUGUCAGACAUUGGGUCGGACAACUGUUCACUGGCUGAUGAAGAGCAGACCCCCCGGGACUACAUGGGCCAUCGAUCCCUGCGCACGGCUGCUCUGUCUCUCAAACUGCUGAAGAACCAGGAGGCCGACCAGCACAGCGCACGGCUGUUUGUGCAGUCCCUCGAGGGCCUCCUUCCCCGCCUCCUAGCCCUGUCCAGUGUGGAAGAGGUGGACACCGCCCUUCAGAACUUUGCCUCCACUUUCUGCUCAGGCAUGAUGCAUUCUCCCGGCUUCGAUGGAGGGAGCAGCUUGAGCUUCCAGAUGUUGAUGAAUGCAGACAGCUUGUACAGUGCGGCACACUGUGCCCUACUGCUCAACCUGAAGCUCUCCCACGGUGACUACUACCGGAAGCGGCCAACCCUGGCACCAGGCAUGAUGAAAGAGUUCAUGAAACAGGUGCAGACCAGUGGCGUGCUGAUGGUCUUCUCCCAGGCCUGGAUCGAGGAGCUAUACCAUCAGGUGCUGGACAGAAACAUGCUGGGAGAAGCUGGCUACUGGGGCAGCCCUGAGGACAACAGCCUUCCCCUCAUCACCAUGCUCACAGCAGAUAUUGAUGGCUUAGAGAGCAGCGCAAUUGGUGGCCAGUUGAUGGCAUCAGCUUCAAUGGAGUCACCUUUCACCCAGAGCAGGAGAAUUGAUGACUCCACUGUAGCAGGUGUGGCAUUUGCUCGUUAUAUUUUGGUGGGCUGCUGGAAGAACCUGAUUGAUACUCUGUCAACCCCCUUGACUGGUCGAAUGGCAGGAAGCUCCAAGGGGCUGGCCUUCAUCCUCGGAGCUGAGGGCAUAAAAGAGCAGAACCAGAAGGAGCGAGAUGCCAUCUGCAUGAGCCUUGACGGGCUGCGCAAAGCUGCACGACUGAGCUGUGCACUAGGGGUUGCUGCUAACUGCGCUUCAGCACUUGCCCAGAUGGCGGCUGCUUCCUGUGUCCAGGAAGAGAAAGAAGAAAGGGAAGCCCAGGAGCCCAGUGAUGCCAUAGCACAAGUGAAACUAAAAGUGGAGCAGAAACUGGAGCAGAUGGGGAAGGUGCAGGGGGUGUGGCUGCACACAGCCCACGUCUUGUGCAUGGAUGCCAUCCUCAGCGUAGGCCUGGAGAUGGGAAGCCACAACCCGGACUGCUGGCCACACGUGUUCAGGGUGUGUGAGUAUGUGGGCACAUUGGAGCACACUCACUUCAGUGAUGGUGCCUCCCAGCCCCCUCUGACCAUCCGUCAGCCACAGAAGACAUCUGGGAGCUCUGGCCUCCUGGGGGACCUUGAGUGUGAGGGUUCAUCUCAGGAGCAGAGCCUGGAGCAGGGCCCCUCCCUGAACACAGCCCCUGUGGUCCAGCCACGCUCCAUCCAGGAGCUCGUUCGAGAAUGUAGCCGUGGUAGGACCUCAGACUUCAGGGGAGGCAGUCUGAGUGGGAACAGUGCCGCCAAGGUGGUACUCAGCCUUUCCACCCAGGCUGACAGGCUCUUUGACGAUGCUACAGAUAAGUUGAACCUAACGGCCUUGGGAGGGUUCCUCUACCAGCUAAAGAAAGCGUCUCAGGCCCAGCUUUUCCACUCGGUGACAGACACUGUCGAUUACUCUCUGGCAAUGCCAGGAGAGGUUAAGUCCACCCAGGACCGCAAAAGCGCUCUGCACCUGUUCCGCCUGGGGGAUGCCAUGCUGAGGAUCGUGAGAAGCAAAGCCCGACCCCUGCUCCACGUGAUGCGCUGCUGGAGCCUUGUGGCACCACACCUGGUGGAGGCGGCCUGCCACAAGGAGCGCCACGUGUCUCAGAAGGCUGUUUCCUUCAUCCAUGAUAUCCUGACCGAGGUUCUCACUGACUGGAGUGAGCCGCCUCACUUCCACUUUAAUGAAGCGCUCUUCCGGCCCUUUGAGCGUAUCAUGCAGUUGGAGCUGUGUGACGAAGAUGUCCAAGACCAGGUGGUCACCUCCAUUGGGGAGCUGGUGGAGGUGUGCUCCACGCAGAUCCAGUCGGGAUGGAGACCCCUGUUCAGUGCACUGGAAACAGUGCACAGUGGGAACAAGUCGGAGGUGAAGGAGUACCUGGUUGGGGACUACGCCAUGGGAAAAGGCCAGGCUCCUGUGUUCGACGUGUUUGAAGCCUUUCUCAACACGGACAACAUCCAGGUCUUUGCCAAUGCAGCCACUAGUUACAUCAUGUGCCUUAUGAAGUUUGUCAAAGGACUGGGGGAGGUGGACUGUAAAGAGAUUGGAGACUGUGUCCCUGGAGUGGGAGCCACAUCCACAGACCUGUGCCUGCCUGCUCUGGAUUACCUCAGACGCUGCUCUCAGCUUUUGGCCAAGAUCUACAAAAUGCCCUUAAAGCCAAUAUUCCUCAGCGGGCGACUUGCCAGCUUGCCACGAAGGCUUCAGGAGCAGUCAGCCAGCAGCGAGGAUGGAAUUGAAUCGGUCCUAUCAGAUUUUGAUGAUGAAACUGGUCUGAUAGAAGUUUGGAUCAUCCUGCUGGAGCAGCUAACAGCAGCUGUGUCCAACUGUCCCCGGCAACACCAACCACCAACCUUAGAUUUACUCUUUGAGCUGUUGAGAGAUGUCACCAAAACACCUGGCCCAGGGUUUGGAAUCUACGCAGUCGUUCACCUUCUCCUUCCUGUGAUGUCUCUGUGGCUCCGUCGUAGCCACAAGGACCAUUCCUACUGGGAUGUGGCAUCUGCGAACUUCAAGCAUGCCAUCGGCCUGUCCUGCGAGCUGGUGGUGGAGCACAUUCAGAGCUUCCUACACUCAGACAUCAGGUACGAGAGCAUGAUCAACACCAUGCUGAAGGAUCUCUUUGAGCUGCUGGUGGCAUGUGUGGCCAAACCCACAGAAACCAUCUCCAGAGUGGGCUGUUCCUGCAUUAGGUAUGUCCUCGUGACUGCGGGUCCUGUGUUCACUGAGGAAAUGUGGCGACUUGCCUGCUGUGCCCUGCAGGAUGCCUUCUCUGCCACACUCAAGCCAGUGAAGGACCUGCUCGGCUGCUUCCACAGUGGCACAGAGGGCUUCAGCGGAGAAGGCUGCCAGGUGCGGGUAGCAGCCCCAUCCUCCUCCCCGAGUGCUGAGGCAGAGUACUGGCGCAUCCGGGCCAUGGCCCAGCAGGUGUUUAUGUUGGACACCCAGGGCUCACCAAAGACCCCAAACAACUUCGAUCAUGCUCAGUCCUGCCAGCUCAUCAUUGAACUGCCUCCUGAUGAGAAACCAAAUGGGCACGCCAAGAAAAGUGUUUCUUUCAGGGAGAUCGUGGUGAGCUUGCUUUCUCACCAAGUACUGCUCCAGAACCUGUAUGACGUCCUGCUGGAAGAGUUUGUCAAAGGCCCCUCUCCAGGAGAGGAGAAGACGACGGUGCAAGUGCCAGACACCAAGCUGGCUGGCUUUCUCAGAUACAUCUCCAUGCAGAACCUGGCUGUGAUAUUUGACCUGCUGCUGGACUCCUACAGGACUGCCCGAGAAUUCGACACGAGCCCAGGACUGAAGUGUCUGCUGAAGAAAGUGUCCGGCAUCGGAGGCGCCGCCAACCUGUACCGCCAGUCUGCCAUGAGCUUUAACAUUUACUUUCACGCCCUGGUUUGCGCAGUUCUCACCAACCAAGAAACCAUCACUGCCGAGCAGGUGAAGAAGGUCCUCUUCGACGAGGAGGAGAGGAGCUCCGAUUCCUCCCAACAGUGCUCAUCGGAGGAUGAAGACAUCUUUGAGGAGACGGCGCAGGUGAGCCCUCCGCGAGGCAAGGAGAAAAGGCAAUGGAGGGCACGCCUGCCGUCGCUCAGCGUGCAGCCGGUGAGCAAUGCAGACUGGGUGUGGCUGGUCAAGAGGCUACACAAGCUGUGCAUGGAGCUCUGUAACCACUACAUCCAGAUGCACCUGGACCUGGAGAGCAGCUUAGAGGAGCCUCCCGCCUUCAAAAGCGACCCGUUCUUCAUCCUGCCAUCCUUCCAGUCUGAGUCGUCCACACCAUCCACGGGUGGCUUCUCCGGGAAAAACACGCCCUCGGAAGAUGACCGCAGAGAGCAUCUAAGUGAGCCCCUAAGUCUGAGGGUGGGCAGUGGGGACGUGCUGAUGCUGCCCCCCAGUCCCAAGACAGAGAAGAAGGAUCCUGGCCGCAAGAAAGAGUGGUGGGAGAGCGCGGGGAACAAGAUUUGCACCAUGGCUGCCGACAAAACCAUCUCAAAGCUGAUGACCGAGUACAAGAAGAGGAGGCAGCCGCACAACCUGCCUGCCUUCCCCAAGGAAGUCAAGGCAGAUAAGAAGGGCGAGCCCCUGGGGCCUCGGGGUCCUGAUUCCCCGCUGCUUCAGCGGCCACAGCAUCUCAUGGACCAAGGACAGAUGCGCCAUUCCUUCAGUGCAGGCCCAGAGCUGUUGCGGCAGGAGAAGAGACCCCGCUCAGGCUCCACCGGGAGCUCCCUGAGUGUCUCGGUGCGAGACGCAGAGGCACAGAUCCAGGCGUGGACCAACAUGGUGCUAACAGUUCUCAAUCAGAUUCAAAUCCUUCCAGACCAGACAUUCACGGCCCUCCAGCCAGCAGUGUUCCCGUGCAUCAGCCAGCUGACCUGUCAUGUGACUGACAUCAGAGUCCGUCAAGCUGUAAGGGAAUGGCUGGGAAGAGUGGGCCGUGUCUAUGAUAUCAUCAUUUAGAGGACUCAAAUCCCUAUGGCCAGAGUCAGCCUGUCCAUCCAACUGAUUGCAUUUUCCCUACCACCAGUCCACUCAAACUAGGUCUCUGAGAAACUAGUUCUCUGACACCUAGUAACAAAGCUUUUUCCAAGCUCUCCCUAAUUAGUCAGCUUUGGGCUAGUCUGGAUGCUAAAAUGGCAUCCAAGUGACACGGUGAUCUCUGGCCUGGCACGUUGUUACAGGAGAGUCUGCAUUCCUUGAUACAUUUCUAAAUCAAAACCUAAUUUCCAAGUGCAUUUGCUUGCAGUGUUAUACCCAAAUGGGUCGUUUGCAACAACUCUCCUUUACAAGCCCCAGGCUGAUCCAUUUUAUUCAUUAUUUUCAAAACUCAAUGUAAGUCCCAAGAAAGCAUUUGCUGUUAAGUCAAGCUGAUACAUAUUCAUAUAUCUAGCACCAGACAUAAUUAAUCAGAAGAAUUUUUAUAUUCUGAUAAUAGUUUGGAUGGGAAGAAACCUACAAAAGUGUAUUUUUCCAGUGUCUAAUCAAGUAAAACAAAAUGACUUCCAAAAUAUAUUCAGGAACAUUUCGACAUUAUUCCUAAGUUGUUCAGGGUUUCAGGUUAAUAUUCAUAAUUCCCCGAGGUAAGGUACUGUUGUGCCUUUGUUUCUCUGUUUCUAAAGGGAGGAAAUUCUUUCCUAGCAUGAUGUUUAAGUCUGUGGCUCGGCAGCAAUUUAAGCACCCGUUGGUGCGCACUGUCACAAGACUUGAUUCUGACUGCCCUGUGUCCCAUGAGUCUUUGCUUCUGUCCCCAAGGCAGACAAAGAAAAAUGGUGCCUUAGUCUUUUGUUGCACAGCCAUUUCUAUGCCCCACAGUUAUCUGAAGGUAAGGUAUGACACUCAUAUUUCAAGAAAGAUUAUGAUGCAAUUCAUUUUAUAUCAGUAUCCUUUGGAGGAAAUGAACUUGGAGUCCUCCAUCUGGUGAGCAUACUUCUCAGGGGAGGGGCAAGAAGUGUGGGAUGGGGAUACAGCUGGAAGGGGUGGGCUGGGGACUCUGAUAGAAUCGCUGUAAGCCUUCAACUACAAUGCAAUUGUGAAAUGAUGGUGUCAGCUAUACAAACUCUAGACUGAAUGGGAAGGGACACAUGAAUUUAGAAAACUAUUUUUUUCUAUAUAAAACACCUCUCUCUAGCAGAUUUACUAUUUUAACUCAUGUUAUCUAGACCAAUAUUUUAGGUGGAUAUUUCUUUUUCUGAGGUUAUUAAAAAUUAAUUUGAAACAUAUAACCAUAUCUAUUGGGGGGUUAGAAAUAUCCCUCAUACAUAGGAAACACUGAGCUUCCCCACAGCCCUUACCACAUAUUUUAUACAUUUCUUACAACAAUAACUAAAUAACUAAAGCUUUUCAGACAAACCCACUUACACACUACAGUGUACGAUUAGUUACUGAGGCAUAUGUGGCAAUUCCCCAGUGCCUAAAAAGAAAUGUAUUCAUAUGUCAUUCUCUAAAGAUAAAACUUGACUCUUCAGCAUUGAAGGACCUACUGGGGGGGUUGAACUUUAUCUGGUGACAAUAUUCAUAAAUGUUGCCUCCAUGAGAACUACGUAGCUAUCUGCAAGGUCAAAGCAAGGUGUGUUGGCUGGUUUGGGUGGUCAAUAAGAAAUCCCCAUUCAGCAUGCCACCUAAACCAAUCACAGAGUCUAGAGGACAUUUCCCACAAAACAACCUCUGCUUUCUGAGACAGCGAUUCAUUCAACUUGGGUAAUCAUUCAAGUUUAAAAAGUGAUCCAAACAGAUGUUUUGGAUUCUCUGUUUCCUAGUGCUGGGAAUCGAACCAGGAUCCCAUGCAAGUCACACCAAUGUUCUCCACCAUUGAGCUGUAUCCCCAGCUCUCACCAAUUUGUUUGAAUAAACAGUGAAUUAUUUUAUCUAUAACUUUAGAUUUUAUAUACCUUGUAUAUGUAGCUGAGAGUUAAAGAUUUUGCUUUGUUUUGUCUUUGUAAACAAAAGCAGUGUGCCCUAGCUGUUGAAUUUUGUAGAUUCUUUGGGGGAAUCUGUUCUUGGUCAGCCUAUAAGUACCUCACUGUACUUGAAAGAGAACUGCAGUUAACCGGAUUACAGAAUUACAGUAUGUCACAAAAUGUGACCUUUCAUGAAGUGUCAAAGCCAGUUUCCUUGUACAUAUGUCCCAGAAGUAGACACUGCUCUCCCACAGACUGGCUAUAAAAGCUUGCAAGAGUGUUCUCUAGCAUCCUAACUAUGGUCUGAGAAUAAAAGGAUGAGGUGUGGCCAAUAUUGGACCCACGAUGUCCUUACCUGCAAUGCUGGAAAUAUUGGCAGAUCCUCCCGUCAUCCUCUGAGAGUCCCCUCCAUGUCCCACGUUGUUUUUAGGCCACCUCCAAAGCUCCAGGAAAGACCUCUCCAUCCUCCAGAGUCCAGCCAGGUGCAGAUACUUAUAGUUUCAAAUGGAACAUUGCUCAAUGAACAAUAAUGACCAAGGAGUAGCACAUCAGUUAAAUCGUCCUGCGGGUGAGAAAAAGACAGGUAAUUAGGCACCGUGGAUGCCCAACGGUCCCUCCCUCAUGACUUUCAUCAUCUGAGUGGAACCAGUGUUUUCUUCCCUAGUCACUUAGGCUGAAGGUCAAGGUUAAAGUGGGCUUUUGAACUUUAAAACAGUCAUCAGCACAGUGUUUUACACAUUGCUUCUAGUUGCUUAUAUUUAAUGCCAAAGUUUUAUUGCUUGAGGUUGAGAUUUUUUCCCUCUUUUUCUUAGAAACCCUUGCAUCAUGAGACAAGCAAUCCAGUAGCACAUAAACCAGGCAGCAUGGUGCCUCUGUAUCAUGUAUCAUCCCAGCAUGGUGCAUGUCCAUAACUCCAGUGCUCAGGAGGUAGAAGCAGGAAGAUAGAAAAUCAAAGGCAUCCUCAGCCCCAUAGGGGAUCUAAAGCUAGCCUGGGCUACAUGACAGCCUGCAGAGCAAGGAAUCAAAUUUAAUAGUGGAAGGCUCCUAGACUGACAGCAAAGCCUCACUUAGCUCCUGCAGCUCUCAGCUUUUAAAGACGUUUAGACUGUCUCUUUACACACUGUCUUCUUGUUCCCUCCAUGAUAGACCUACCUUUCUCCAUGAAUGCAAAAUUUUACCGUUUUAGGUAAUUUAGUCACAAACAACUCAGGAAGAUGCUAACAUUAUAGCUCAGAUUAAAACAUUUAAAUCAAGCCAGACUUGUAUUUAGUCCCAGCACUGGAGAGGCUAAGAAAACAAGAAGAAUGUGAUGAGUUUAAGGCCAACAUGAGUGAGUUCCAGAACAGCCUGGACUGCAGUUUAAGAGCCUGACUCCAAAGUCCUUUUAACUUAAUUUCCUGGUAUGAUGAUCGAUACAGCCUUCAUGGUUAAAAAAAAAAAAGUACUUCCGAAGUCAAUGGAGAGAGUCCAACAGCCUUAAUUACAGGCAGGUAAUACAGAUCCACUGUCUGCCCAAAUAGAGAACAGUACUACUUAAAUAGGACCAAUUCCUUUUUUAAUUAGAAAACCUAUGGCUGGAGAGAUGGCUCAGGGAUUCGGAGAACUUGCUGCUCUUGCAGAAGACCUGGGUUUGGUUCUCAGCACUUACAUGGUGACUCGUAACUAUCUCUUACUCCAAUUUCAGGGAAUAUGGUGCCUUCCUAUGGCCUGUGGGGGCACCAGGCACACACAUGAUACGCAUACAUAUACGCAGACAAAUAUUCAUAAAUAUAAAUAGUUGCUGAAAAAAAUGUAAAAAUCUGUUAUCAGCGCCACCAAACUAAAUAGAAUGAAGGUCUUUGUUGAAAGAGAUGACACACUGGUCACUUUAUAAAACCUUCUUAGUUUUUCCCCAGUUAAGUUCACAGAUCCAGAGAGGUUCAUCAUUUGCUCAGGAUAAUAGAAGACAAAGUUGUUUACAGAGAGGUAUCCCCUGGACACAAAGACCACACUUUCCAGUUGCUGAGCUGGCAGGACUGUGUAAGCUCCGCAGCAGGAGAGCAUGGGAAAACUCUGAUGCCUUCCUUCGAUGCUUAAAAUGAAAAUAUUUACUUCACAGCUCUAUCUGGAGUAUUCUAUGGACUUUAAAAGUAAGGCUUGAAAGUAAUGCCUAUAUAAUGGGAACAUAAAGGAUAUCAAAAUAUAAACCUUAGCCCUAAAGAAAACAUUUAGUGUUUCAUUAAAAACUCAGUAAUAUUAGAGAGAAACAAUGAGUACUGCCAUGUCUGACUGACUGUAAAUGCAGAGAAACACGGCAGCCUGCAUAGGCAUGUGUAAUUCAUGAAACGUUUUACAUAUCAUUUAAUCAACAAAGUGCCCUGUAACCAAUUGAGCUCCUUUGCCACCUUCUGUGGCAAGCGCCAAGCCUACAGGUCACCAUCAAAGCUUGGAGAUACACAGAAAAAUCCUUCUCAAAAAAUGUGAACAUCCUCUGAACAGGAAACAGCAACUUGUACAAGAUAGACCUAUAUUCCAGGUAGGACAAUAUCUGGAACCACGUGCCCCACCCCAACAUUUCUGCUUACUCCCAUAGGUGAGGGAAGAGAGAAAGACUCCAGCAUCCUGCAGUAACAUGAGGACACAAAUGUAUGUCCCAGAAAGAUUUAGAGAGGCCUUAGAACAGUAAAGAAACAUUUGAGCACUUUUUAAUUGAAAUUGGGGAGAUUUAUAAAAUUGAUAAAAAGCUUGAUUUAUAAUUAUGACCUCUGGGAAAAUACAUCCCUCUUAUUCAUAGUAGAGCAGUCUAAAAGGUUGUUUUUAAGACAUUCCCCCUGUUCCGGCUAUCUCAUAGUGUUUGUAAUUGAUAUAAAGGUACCUAAAAAAUUUCAUUGGCAUGUUGAAAUAGAAACAUUAUUUAGAUGUUCGGAAUAUGAACACAUUACUUUAGGAAAAAACAGACAAAAAAAUCAUACACACCAAGAUUACUCAGAAGACGCUAAGUUGAGAACAGUGCUUAGUCUCCUUAUGAACAGGAUACCUCUUACUAAUAAAAGAAAAGAAACACUAUGACAUCAAUUGCACCCUACAAAAUCUUUCACUGUAUCUGUGUAUCAUCAUACAGAGAGGUUCCAGGGAGAAGGGACUGACUGGCCUCAACAGUCAAGGUCCCACCCAGUCGAGUUCCUUCAAAUCUCAAGAACUUUUUUGCUCUGUGAGUUCCUGUCCUGGUGGUUGAGCCAAGGGUGUCUAGUUUCUUUUGUCUGAAGAACAGUGGUUCUCAAACUUUUACCAUGCAUCCAAACCCACCUAAGGGUUUGUUAAACCACAGAUGCCCAGUUUCUGAUUCUCUACAUUUGGCAAUCUGCAUUUCUAGCAAGCUCCCAGGUGAAGCCAUUGCUCUGCUCUGGGAAUUACAGGCUAGAAAUCAUUUACUUUCCAAUCAACCUGACUUAUUGAACACUAAGCUGAACUGACCAUGACAGCUUGGGAUUAGAUUACUUCAACAUUCCAGUUUACCCCUCCCAGUUUUAUUAUAUCAACAAUUGAUUCUUACACACUAGAAGACAAUGAAUGUAUAUGUUGUAUGGAGCAGUGAGUUAAGUCCAAGUUUCUUGUCUUUGUAUUUAGAAACAUUAAUUUUGUGAAUGAUUGUUUGUAUCCUGUUGACCCUUUGACUUGUACUGAAGGUAAUUAAAUUUAUAUAAUAUUUGCAUUCUUUUCUAUAUAAUUUUAAUGAGAUGUUUCCAUGUAUGGCUCCAUUAUCGCCUGGCUCCUGACAUACAUAGGUGUUUAGUUGCUUGCUUGUCAUUUACAUUACAUCUUGGAUUGGUCAUUAACAUAUCAGCAUUUCAAAAUGCUAUGACACUUCUGGUGGCACCCUUGUCUUUCACUUAACUGUGUGGUGUUAGUUAGUAUUUUAGUUUCAUGUUUAUCUGUAAUGAGUCUAUUGUGAAAAUUUUCAAAAUGAAACAAUUCCUUUUGAACAGUAGAUAUGCCUGUCUUGACUUUUCAGUAAAUACUGUGUUUCUAAAGCGAUUGGCACAAUGUAAACUAAUUCUUAUUCCACAUGAUGGAACAUAUAGAAAAGUCAACCUAUGUACUUUGAGAGUCUAGUGAAAUAUUAACCCAAAUACAGAUGGGGCCUUUGUUUAUAUUGUAACACUCUUGCUCAGUUAAUUAGCUUUAAAAUUCAUUUUUGAUUAAGACAUAAGAGCCAUAUAAUAGGAAGAGGAAGAACUGAUAAUCUUUGUUUUUAUUAAAUUAAACACCCAAGUAAAUUAAAAAUCUACUAAUGUAAUUCUAGCUCCUCAGGCUUUCCUGGACAACAUAGUGAGAUUUCAUCUCAAAAAUAAAUAAUAAGGAAAGAAACAUGAAGGGGAAAAAAGAGGACCAUUCAAGGAUUCAAGAGAAAAGUAAUUAAGUACUCUAAAUAGUACCCAUUUAUAAACUAUAUUAAUUCCAUAUAAUUCCCAUUGACCCAAUAAGGCUUAUAUUUACAUCAUUUAGACUAUUGUUUGAAUAGAAGGCAAUCAUGCUAGGUCCUUGACAUCAGUGAAAGCAUAUCAUCAGAACGGUAAUGGUGUCAAGGGUAGUUGAAAAUAAGUGAGUUGUUUUAUUAUUUCCCAUAACAAUUUAAAACGUAUGCACAUAGUUCCUUUGAUUCUGAUUUCAAUUGCAUUUUAAAACUUGAUCUCUACAAGAAAUUUGUUUCCAAACUGUUUCAUCAUCUGUCACCAAAAAGGAGGAGGGAGAACCUGACAGCCAAUCUAGGUUGUCUCUCUCAGAUCUAUGGAGGCUUAAGCCCUUGAUACCACCAGCUACCAGUGACCAUCCAAACCCACCUCAGGUCUGUGCUCACCCUCUGCCACUGUUUGCUGUACAGUCCUCUCCUCCAGUCCAUUUUGAAAUCAGUUUCCUGCUAUGUCACUACUUUUAGUCAAAGAUGAAUGGUUUGGUGAUUGGGAUUUCUCUUUCCUGUGUUUAGGAUUAUCCAGUGUGGUCUGAUAGGGGUAGGAGGGGGUACCUGGAAGGAAAGGUUUCUUUUCUUUCUUGGGUGUGUGUGUGCGUGUUUUGGGGUAAGGUAGAAAGCUAAACCUCAAAUAUUUGUUCCUCUAAUCAUGCCAAAUGACUUAUACUUUGCAAUGAUUUUCUAAGAGGAAUAAACCAUUUACAUUCUGGACAGUUUCCCUACUCUUAUCCCCACUUGCGAUACAACCACUAGGGAGUAGAAUUCCUUUUAUCCAUUUUUGUAUUAUACCAAAGAAUGAACUUAUUUUCAUUAAAAAUUAUGAAUAAACAAAGCUAUGUAUAGCCAUAAUGAUUGAGUAUAUUUACCAUUUUACCUAUUAAGAUGGAAAAUUCAUCCUUGCAACCAAUUCACCAGGAGCCUUGAAUUCUUUUGUUUUCUCCAAAGGCCUUGUCAAGGAAGUAUCAUUUUUGUUUUGACUUAUUAUUUAGCCACCUUCAUAUUUACAAAGUCCUGAAAACCACUCUCCUUCAAAGUGUUGAUCUGUUUGGUUUGAUAUAAUCUGUCAGUUCACUGUUUUCCAGGUCUCUGUAAGCAAGCUUGCAAGUGUGUUUUGUGUACAUUUUAUCUGAAUUGAAAAGCGAAUUCUAAAGAGAAAAUAUUUUAAAAGAUACCGUAUUUAUGUUGCUUGUGUUGUAGAAUAAAGAUUCAAAUGCAUCAAAAAUCUGA